CCCCUUUCGAACUCGGCGCCUUUGUGUCCGACGAGAACACGAACCGACAAGUCAAGCAGCCAUUGCUCAUUGUAAAGUGAAGGUCGACGCCGAGUCGUAAAGCUUGGUUAGGUUGUCAUUUUCCGCCGUUAAAACCCAUAUUUUGAAAAUAUGCUGUUGACGUGCACUCACGAUGGAAGAUAAUUUCGCAUUAGCUUGGGACGAUUCGACGGCCGUCGUUCAAGGCGAGGAAGUAAUUUGCAGUAUCGAAAAUGAAAUACUUCCCGCCGAAACGGAAGAAUUCGUCGGCAUCCAGGAGGCGGAAGAGGAAGUCGGCGAAGAAGAAACAGUCGCCGAGUCUGAAGGCAACAUUGUCUACAUAACCGAAGACAAUGUUCUUGUUAUGCAACCAACGCAAACGGUUGACUUCCAGGAGGAAUUCAUGGAAGUCGCCGAGGAUGUUACCGAGGAAGUGGCCGAAGAAAUAAGCGAAGAAGUUGUAACCGAACAGUGGGAUGAAAGUUGUCCUGAAGAAAUUGUUGUCGGCUCGGAGGAAGCCGUCGGUGGGGACGAUGAACAAGCGAAUGAGGAUUUCGAUAUUCCGUUACCCACCGAUCAGGAUGAGUAUACGGCGUCUAGGCCGUAUCCGUGCGAUUUUUGCAGUCGGAGGUUCAGGAAGAAGGCGAAUUUGAUGAACCACAUGGUGGCGCAUCAGACUGAUAGACCCCACGGGUGUAACCUGUGCGGGGUUCGGUACAUAAGGAAGUGUGAUUUGAUGAACCAUUUGAAGGUUCAUGCCUAUAUACCUGAAACUGAUGGUUUGGAAGAGGAGGAUGUUCAACCGUUGGAUGACUCUGACGGGGAGAAGAGGCCCAAAAGGAAGGCCUUUUCGCGAAGAAAGAAAAACAAAAUUAAGGAGGAAUACGAUGAUGAAGGCGACGAUACUGUGGCUUCGAGCUCACGUUCGUACAAUUACGUUGAUGAAGACAUGCGGCUUAUGGAGGCUAUGGAGAACAACGUCAAGGGGGAUUAUGUCGACUAUAGCGAUUAUAUGACGGAAAAUCAGCCAGUGGAGGUCAGAUAUCCCAUAACCGACCCUCGGAAACCCUUCGUUUGUCAACACUGUGGUGUCGGGUUUGCCCGAGAGAAGGCUCUAGCUUCGCAUGCACGCAUCCACGGUGGUGACAGUCCCUUCGAAUGCCAGAAGUGUGGCGAGAUGUUCUGGGACGUGGCUCUAAUGCGUGAACACCUCCGAAGCAAGCACGGAGAUAUUGAAGAUUUUGACGAUGACGAAGAUGAGGACUACUCAGAGGAAGAAACCAAGUAUGGAACCUACUAUUGCUCGACGUGUGGCUUGUCGUUCCACCGCCAGGACAAUUUGAAACGGCAUCAAAGAUUGCACAUUAAAGAAGAGUUCAUAAACGACCACGAGUUCGGCCACAUUUGCAACGUGUGUGGAGAGUCGUUUCAGGAAGCUUUGGAUUUGCUGGCUCAUGCUGAGGUGCAUGCCCGAGGCUCGGAACACCGUUGCAUGAUCUGUGGCGAAGUGUGCGCUGAUGACCAAGCUGUAGCUGUCCACGUCCAGGCGAAACACGGAAAGAAUCUCCCGCCAAACACUUGCAUGUUGUGCGGACGCUCUUGCAAGGACCGCCGUACCUUACUGAAACAUUCAUGGGAGCAUUCGAAAGAAAAAAGUUUCGCUUGCUCCAAGUGUGCUAAAACUUUCCAUAAUAAAGCACGCCUGAAACGUCACAUGUUGUCACACAGGAACAAAGUCGUAACGUGUGAUGUCUGCGGGGAGGAGUUCCCCGAUGGGCGCUCCUUGAUGAACCACAGACACAGUCACAGUAGUCUCUCCGGGCGGCAGUUCCCCUGUUUGGAGUGCGGAAAGACGUUCGGAUCGCGGAGCUCACAACAGAUCCACAUCAGGAUCCACACCGGGGAACGUCCGUAUGGGUGCCGGUUUUGCUGGAAGGCUUUUGCCGACGGUGGGACUCUGCGAAAACACGAAAGGAUUCACACGGGGGAAAAACCCUACGCUUGUGCCGUCUGUCCCCGAGCUUUCAACCAAAGAGUUGUGCUAAGGGAGCACAUCAGGUCACACCAUUCCGGACCUGACCCCAAAUACACCCACAGUGUGACUCCCUAUUGUUGUUCCGUCUGCUCAGACAUGUUUGCCACGUCUCAGGAUCUGAUCGUGCACUUGAUCCACCAUUGCGAUUUGAACACAGCAAUGAAACGCCAACCACAAGUCGGCCCAAGAAAGUAUAAACGGAGAAGGAAAUUAAAACCACACGAACUCGAAAUGAUUUCAAACAAAGCCGAUGAGGAAGUCGAGGAGGAGGAAGAACAACAGUACACCGACUCGGAGGAUGAGCGGGAAUUGCGGAAGAAGAACAACAAGAAGAAGAAGAGUUCGCCUAAACCGACUUUAAACGAAACGUACACCGAUUUGUACAAUAGUUGUUCUUCGGCAAUUGAGAACAUCAACUCUAUAGUCAAUUCUAAAACCGCGACGAAAUCAAAAAGAAAAUUGAAGGCCGAACCGCCGGUGCCGUCAAGGCCCAAAAUGAUCCAUACGCAAAAAACGCGCGUUCCGGUUGAAACCGGCGAGGAUGGAAAAAUCCGCCACAAAACCAAAACUCUAGUAACGCGGACGCAACCGACCGAGUUGAAGUCGGCAACUGGGGAGCGGAUAAGGCCACGGACUAAAAACGUCAGUUAUCACAUUCUCAACUCGGAGAAGCUGCCCUUGGCCACGUUCCCCGAGGACGAUGACACGGAGCAAGCGGUUAAUAGUCUACUGAAGGAGGAUCAGAAUUUCGAUCAGAGUAAUGGAGUUGUGUACAUGGACCAAGCCGAGACGCCGCCCGAGGUGGCGUCUGAACAAGUGGUGGAGACGGAUAACGAGCCAGUGCCAACUAACAUAAUCAAGGUGACGUCGACCCCGACGCAGUUGCAGAGCUUACGGCCGGGGCGCACUAUCAUAGGACCGGGGAGCAAGGUUGUGCGGUUGGUCAAAGGCGGGAUGAUUAUUACGAAGAAUAAGAAAGUCGAGCCGGAGAACAUACUCCCCGAUCUUGAGAACACUGACAAGGAGGAGACGAAGGUCAAGCAAGAGGUUGACCCGAGUCGGCUGCACGAAUUAGCCGAGUUGUCGAUGCAACAUGCGCAAAAUAUGUUCAAGUGUGAGAUGUGCAGUGCCGUUUUUGACGAUAGAGCCAAACUGUUGGAUCACGUGCCGAUCCAUAUAUGAUUGUAAAUACGUUUUGGUUUUGCCCUGUUCUCGGGAGAAGUUUGUAUUAAGUUGUAUUGAGUAAAGGACGAGGUCCAUACGUUUUUUUCUACGAUGGUUAAGAUCGGACGGGGAGUGCGAGCUGUACAACUCUUGAUAUAUUUUUGUAUUAUUUUCUAUGGAGGAAAGCCUUCUGCAGUGACACAUUUUAAUAUUUCUUUAAGUAAUUGCAAACUAUUAUAGCAAACUAAGAUGUAUUUUAACCUCUUUGUAACGAUUUUACUAGUUUUUAUGUAUAUAUAAUAGAGAUAUAAUGCACUAGAAUGUAGAAGCUGUAUGUUAUUGAUGGAAAUAAAUCUUUGGUUAGGCAUAA